ACAAAAAGAGAUCACUUAAUUAGGUAUUUCACCAUGUCCGCCUCUCCCCAGCCAACACAGUCCACCAAGCGUCCUCUCGAGGACACGUCGUCCCCCUCCCGCAACGACCAACCCGAGGCCAAACGUCCGGCUUUGGACAAGGUCAUCAAGGAGCAGCAGGAGGACAACAAGGCCGACCCCAUCUCUCCUUUGAACGACGAGACCGCCUCCUCCGUCCCGGCCCCUGAGGCCAACGGCACGGCGAAGACGAACGGCGAAAAGCCCGAGGCGACGGACCAUCAGGGUGACACAGUCGUCCCCGAUGCUCCGGAAACAAAGCCCACCACCAGCACCACGGUGGAUACCGCCUCGUCUGAGGCGCAGGCGAACCCCCCUGCAGAGUCUCGUGAUGAGACUGCCUGGAUACACAUCCGCGCCGUUAUUUCAAGUCCCGAAGCCGCGACUAUAAUCGGGAAAGGCGGCGAGAAUGUGUCCAAGAUCAGACAAUCGUCAGGAGCCAAGUGCACUGUCAGUGACUAUCAGAAGGGCGCCGUUGAGCGUAUUCUGACUGUCAGCGGUGUUGUUGAUGCUGCUGCAAAGGCCUUUGGCUUGAUUAUCCGCACCCUUAACAACGAGCCGUUGUCUGAGCCCUCCAACCAGCACUCCAAGACCUAUCCCCUGCGUCUUCUGAUCCCCCAUGUUCUGAUCGGCUCCAUCAUUGGGAAGGGCGGGUCUCGCAUCAAGGAGAUCCAAGAAGCUUCUGGUGCCCGCCUGAACGCUUCUGACUCCUGCCUCCCCGCGUCUUCGGAGCGUUCUCUGGUCGUCACGGGCGUUGCUGACGCUGUACACAUCGCCACAUACUAUGUCGGUAGCACCCUUUUGGAGCAGCUCAACGAGCGCUUUGGCGGGGCUGCUGCCUCUGCAUACGCUACCCGCAGCGGCGGUCCUGCUGCCGUCACAGGUGGCAUGACUGUCGUCCCAUACGUCCCUCAACCCGCCGGCGGAAACUUUGGUCAGCGCGACCACUACAACAACCGCCGUCCGGACCCUAGAGCCCACCACAUGCCGCCCCAGGCCUACGGUGGCGCGCCUCAAUAUGGCGCUUAUCCUCAGGCGGCACAUCCUGGCCCCGCGGUCCCAAUGCACUUUGCUGGUGCUCAGGCUGCUGGGGGUUACGGACCUGCCGCCCCCCACAUGCCACCCCAUGCCGGACACGCCGGACAUGUUGGGCCCCAGCCCCACACCGGUCCUCACGGUCCGCAGGCAGCUGGCUCUGGUGGCGCGGCCGGUGGACCUAUGACUCAACAAAUCUACAUCCCCAAUGAUAUGGUUGGCGCCAUCAUCGGCAAGGGUGGCCAGAAGAUCAACGAGAUCCGUCAGAUCAGCGGCAGCGUCAUCAAGAUUAACGAGCCACAAGACAACAGCAACGAGCGUCUUGUCACGAUCACUGGUACCGAUGAAUGCAACAAGAUGGCGCUAUACAUGCUCUACACUCGUCUUGAAAACGAAAAGCACCGGAUGUAA